AUGUCGGGCCACAAUCUUCACAAUGCGCUCCUACGACCUCCGAUCAUUCAAAUUCUCCGAGCUCAAGGAUUUCACUCGACACGUCCAUCAGUCCUAGAGUCACUCUCUGACUUGACCGGGCAGUAUCUCAUGAUCCUGGCCUCCGCAACAGCUGCCCACGCCGCCAACGCUCACCCCGAAGAUCCAUCCCCAGUCCUCGAAGACGUCUACCAAGCUCUCCAAGAUGCAGGCGCACUACGACCACAACUAAAAGAAUGGGAGGAAGACUGGGCCGGCGAGGAAGACUUGCGCGGGCUCGAGUCACUGCUUGGAUGGAUAACGGGACCUGCGCAUCGUGAGAUUCGGCGUAUUGCAGGUUUCGUCCCGAGUGAGGGCGACAUGGUUGACCCGGGCGCGAUGGAGAAAGAAGACUACUUGACGGCGCUGAAGAAGAAGCACAGCAAGACUGGCGAAGAAUCUCGAUACGCGGGAACAGUCUUGGGUAAGAGCGGAGAAGAGCACCCGGUUAUUCUCGAGGGCGGCGCGCCGAGUAUCCGGGAAUGGGGGGCACAAGUACGAUCUCGGGCUCCUGUGAGUCCUGGUGCUAGCGAUACUUCGGGUGUUAGUAGCGCCCCGAGUCAUCUGUCGGAGGAGGAUCGAAUGGAAGUGUGA